AUGACGGGACCAACUACAACGUCACCAAGUCUCAAUCAAACUACCGCAAUGACGGGACCAAAUACAACGUCACCAGGUCUCACUCAAACAACCAAAAUGACGGGACCAACUACAACGUCACCAGGUCUCAAUCAAACUACCCCAAUGACGGGACCAACUACAACGUCACCAGGCCUCAAUCAAACUACCGCAAUGACGGGACAAACUACAACUUCACCAAGUCUCAAUCAAACUACCGCAAUGACUGGACCAAAUACAACGUCACCAGGUCUCACUCAAACUACCACAAUGACGGGACCAACUACAACGUCACAAGGUCUAACUCAAACAACCGCAAUGACGGGACCAACUAAAACGUUACCAGGUCUCACUCAAACAACCGAAAUGACGGGACCAACUACAACGUCACCAGGUCGCAAUCAAACUACCGCAAUGACGGGACCAACUACCACGUUACCAGGUCUCAAUCAAACUACCGCAAUGACGGGACAAACGACGGCCUCAUCAGUUCUCAAUCAAACUACCGCAAUGACGGGACCAGCUACAACGUCACCAAGUCUCAAUCAAACUAUCGCAAUGACGGGACCAAAUACAACGUCACCAGGCCUCACUCAAACAACCGCAAUGACGGGACCAACUAAAACGUUACCAGGUCUCACUCAAACAACCGAAAUGACGGGACCAACUAAAACGUUACCAGGUCUCACUCAAACAACCGAAAUGACGGGACCAACUACAACGUCACCAGGUAUCAAUCAAACUACCGCAAUGACGGGACCAACCACAACGUUACCAGGUCUCAAUCAAACUACCGCAAUGACGGGACAAACGACGGCCUCAUCAGUUCUCAAUCAAACUACCGCAAUGACGGGACCAUCUACAACGUCACCAGGUCUCACUCAAACAACCGAAAUGACGGGACCAACUACAACGUCACCAGGAAUCACUCAAACAACCGCAAUGACGGGACCAACUAAAACGUUACCAGGUCUCACUCAAACAACCGAAAUGACGGGACCAACUAAAACGUUACCAGGUCUCACUCAAACAACCGAAAUGACGGGACCAACUACAACGUCACCAGCUCUCAAUCAAACUACCUCAAUGACGGGACCAACUACAACGUCACCAAGGCUCAAUCAAACAACCGCAAUGACGGGACCAACUACAACGUCACCAAGUCUCAAUCAAACUACCGCAAUGACAGGACAAACUACAACGUCACCAAGUCUCAAUCAAACUACCGCAAUGACGGGACCAUCUACAACGUCACCAGGUCUCACUCAAACAACCAAAAUGACGGGACAAUCAACAACGACACCAAGUCUCAAUCAAACUACCACAAUGACGGGACAAUCUACAACGACACCAAGUCUUAAUCAAACCACCACAAUGACGGGACAAUCUACAACGACACCAAGUCUCACUAAAACUACCACAAUGACGGGACAAUCUAUAACGACACCAAGUCUCAAUCAAACCACCACAAUGACGGGACAAUCUACAACCACACCAAGUCUCAAUCAAACCACCACAAUGACAGGAAAAUCUACAACGACACCAAGUCUCAAUCAAACCACCACAAUGACGGGACAAUCUACAACGACACCAAGUCUCAAUCAAACCACCACAAUGACAGGACAAUCUACAACGACACCAAGUCUCAAUCAAACUACCACUAUGACGGGUCAAUCUACGACGUCAAAAUCAGACCACAGAAAUGACGGGACAAACUACGACGUCAUCAGUUCACAAUCAAACUACCACAAUGACGGGACAAACUACGACGUCACCAGGUAUCAAUCAAAUUACCACAAUGUCGGGACAAACUACGGCGUCAUCAGGUCUGAAUCAAACUACCACAAUGACGGGACAAAUUACGACGUCACCAGGUCUCAAUCAAACUACCACAAUGACGGGACCAACUACGACGUCACCAGGUCUCAAUCAAACUACCACAAUGACGGGACCAACUACAGCGUCACCAGGUCUCACUCAAACUACCGCAAUGACGGGACCAACUACAACGUCACCAAGUCUCACCCAAACUACCGCAAUGACGGGACCAACUACAACGUCACCAGGUCUCACUCAAACUACCGCAAUGACGGGACAAACUACAACGUCACCAGGUCUCAAUCAAACUACCACAAUGACGGGACAAACUACAACGUCACCAGGUCUCAAUCAAACUACCGCAAUGACGGGACCAACUACAACGUUACCAGGUCUCAAUCAAACUACCACAAUGACGGGACCAACUACAACGUCACCAGGGCUCACUCAAACAACCGCAAUGAUGGGACCAACUACAACGUCACCAGGUCUCAAUCAAACUACCGCAAUGACGGGACAAACUACUACGGCUUCUGGGCUCAAUCAAACUACCGCAAUGACGGGACAAACUACUACGGCUUCUGGUCUCAAUCAAACUACCGCAAUGACGGGACAAACUACAACGUCACCAAGUCUCACUCAAACUACCACAAUGACGGGACCAACUACGACGGCACCAGGUCUCAAUCAAACUACCACAAUGACGGGACCAACUACAACGUCACCAGGUCUCAAUCAAACUACCACAAUGACGGGACAAACUACAACGUCAUCAGGUCUAAAUCAAACUACCACAAUGUCGGGUCAAUCAACGACGUCAUCAGAUCUUAA